AUAGUUUUUUCUUCAGCAAACACGCCUCUCUUUGCCGCCGGGGUGUUUGUCUCUGUUCUGUUUCUACCACAAUCGGUGAAGGAGUCAGUGGGGCUUUGGAGAACUGCAAGUCCCAGAGAUCUCGGCAUUAGUGAACCUAGAACCAGGGCUUGAAUAACAUGGCAGCGCCGUCCAGCAACACAUGCGGGGUCAUGGAGCGGUCUAUCCGGGAGCGGGUCCCCCCGCUGCUCACGGACCUGUACCAGUUCACCAUGGCGUACGCGUACUGGCGGACCGGCCGGCACCAGGAGCCCGCCGUGUUCGAGCUCUUCUUCAGGGACAACCCAUUCGGCGGUGGCUUCUCGCUGUUUGCCGGACUACACGACUGCCUGCUGUUCCUACGCAGUUUUCGCUUUAUAGACGAAGAUGUGGAGUUCCUGCGCUCCGUCCUGCCCCCCGCCACCGACCCUGCCUUCUUCCAGUUCCUAAGAGGCCUGGACUGCUCCGGCGUCACGCUACGCUCCGUCCCAGAGGGCACUGUCGUGUUCGCCAGGGUGCCUCUGAUGGAGGUGGCAGGUCCGCUGGCUGUUGUUCAACUGCUGGAGACCAGUUUACUCUGUCUGGUCAACUACGCCAGUCUGGUGUGCAGUAAUGCUGCCCGUUUCCGUCUGGCGGCCGGCCCAAAGAGGAAGCUGCUGGAGAUGGGCCUCCGGAGGGCUCAGGGACCAGAUGGAGGGCUCACCGCCUCACGAUACACACACAUUGGAGGGUUUGAUCUCACCAGUAACGUUCAGGCUGGUUUCCUGUUUGGGGUUCCUGUCGCAGGGACCAUGGCACACUCAUACGUCACUUCUUUUACCUCCCUGGAGGAGGUCUGGCCACAAACUCUUGUGGCGGUGAGCGGGGACCCCGAUCCAGUUGACAUCGUUUCGUUGACAAAGGGCUGGUUGAGGCGCGUGUGUGAGCUUCUGGGAUCCGAGCCUGGGAAAAUCCACGAGGGCGAGUUGGCUGCCUUUUUGUCUUACGCCAUCGCCUACCCUCAGAACUUCCUCCCUGUGAUUGACAGCUACAGUGUUGGCUGUAGUGGUCUGUUGAACUUCUGCGCUGUGGCCUUGGCGCUGUGUGAGCUGGACUACAGGCCUGUAGGAGUUCGUCUGGACAGCGGGGACCUCUGCAGGCAGUCGGUUGAAGUCCGUCGUGUCUUCAGACUCUGCAGCGAGCAUUUCUCCGUCUCUGCCUUCGACUCACUGAUCAUCGUUGGGACCAAUAACAUCACAGAGCAAAGCAUGGCGGAGCUCAACAAGAAGGAGAAUGAAAUUGAUGUGGUUGGUGUUGGAACACAUCUGGUCACCUGCACACAACAACCCUCGCUGGGCUGUGUGUACAAGCUGGUGGAGGUGAGGGGGAGGCCCAGGAUGAAGAUCAGCGAGGACCCAGAGAAGAGCACUGUCCCUGGGAGGAAAGCUGUCUACAGGCUAGUAGAUGCUGAGGGCCAUCCUUUUCUAGACCUGGUGUGUCUCGCUGUGGAGUCUCCCCCAGAGGCAGGAGUCUCAGUAAGCUGUUACCCUCUGACGUGUGAUAACUCUUGUGUCUCAGUCAUUCCAGCUCAGGUCACCUGUCUGCGCCAGGACAUGUUUACCAAAGGACAGGUCGCACACCCUCUGUGCAGCGCUGCAGAAACUAGAGCAAAGGUCCAGAGCUCCCUCCAGACUCUGCACCCUCGACACAAGAAGCUGCAGGAGCCAGACUGUUACACAGUGGCGCUGUCAGAGAAACUCCAUAACCUGGUCACAGAGAUUCGAAAAGAAAGCUCCAACAACAGCAACUUUCUGUUAGCCAACUAAAGAUAAUCCUAGACAACUGCUCUGUUGUCAUCUACUGUCUUUUUAUAAACACUCUUUUCAAAAGUGCCUCACGGUAAAAGACGUACAUAUGUAUUAGAACGGGUUAGGAUUAGUGAAGCCUUACAGUGUUAACACCAAACUCUCCAAAUACAGGAAUACACAAAUGUGUAUACAACAGGGUCAACAUGACAGAACAUUACAGGGAGUUGUGUACUUGAAAGCUCAGCGGGGACGGAUAGAAGCAAGUGAAAACACAGCAUCUGUAUAACUUAAUGGAUUUUUAUUCUGCUGGAAAAUGUGCUUUUAAUGGUUUAAAUUGAUGGAUAAUGUAACUUGUUGCAACCUGUUCAUUCUCUCAAACUGAAUACUAAUACUAGACAACAAUUAAAACAAAGUCUGUAAUGAUUUCUGCGAAAGGCGUGUUUAAAUUAGAAAUACGAGUAAUAUGUUCUUGCCCAAAAAAACAAUAGUUUAAAAAUGUUUGAUUCAAUCUUUUUUGUGCGAUUUACUACAGAAAAAGGCCGUAAGUGGUUAAGAUUUGCUGUCAUACAUCAGUCAUUUCUGUGAAUGUUGGGGUAAGAAGGGCCCAUAUUUAGAAUUAUGGAUUGGUUGAAAGACUGUAAUAGGAAGAUUGUAACUCUUGAAUCAUGUAUGUGAACUUCCAAAAAAUAAAUUACAGAUUGACUCUUUAAUAGUUCACAUGUCAACAUCAAAUAUUAAUUAACAUGCACCGUAUACAUCCCAGACAUGCAGUAUUUGUCUUUAAUCAUCCAGACUCAUCUUAAACUUUUAAUUUUCACUGCCUUGUCAAAAUGUCUACGUGGGGAUCAUUUAUUUAACUUAAAGCUGAAUUGAAUCAGCAAAAGACUGAUGAACCCUCGGUACACUACCUGCUCAGCAGCUUCAGCAGACACACACACAGACUGAGCAUAGUGGAGCAUUUAGCAGCUAAAGAGACAGAUAUUCUUCUCCGGAGUUGGUGGAGACCAAAAUAACUAAAAGGAGAGUAAAUGCUGAACUUAUAUUUAUUGACACAAACACGACUCCGAUGGGAUGAUAACGUUGCUCUGUGUCGGCUGGAUGUGUAACUAAGGAGUUGAGUGUUUGAGUGCAACAACUUCAUCAUGUCAACUUGUGUUUUUCAGCUUGUUUUCCCCCCCUAGUGACCAAAAAAUGUAUUAAUGCAGCUUUACUUUCUGUCUAUUCUGUAUUUUGACCCAUUUUUGAUCCACCUGAAAUAAUAUUACAAUUGCAGUUGGUCAGGACUUGCCAAUAUUUAUAAUAAUACUUGUUUUGGUUUUUUUGGUAGUUUUUCAGCCGGCGCCCUCGGUAGUGUAAAAUUUAAAUUAAUCUUUGUCUGUAAAUAAUUGCACAAAGGUUUUGGGAUUAAAGAAAGAUAUAUAAAA